GUCGUCAUUAUCUCCCUCCCUUCCACAGUCUCCAAUCCAUUCCAGGCAACCCCGAGUUUCAGCAUAUCUCCCACGACCACUCUUCUACACACUAUCAGCUAUCGCGGCCCAACUCCCCCGCGCCAUGAAUCUGAGCUGAAGCUCCUCUAACACCAAGCCACGAGGCCCGCGCCUCUUCUCCCCUGUCGCCCUCUCUGCACUGCGCUACAAGCGUCGUCCUCGCUCCGGCUCCGCACCCACAGCUUCCAUGCUCCCUCUUGCUCCCCAGCUGCGCAACCCCUCUUCCUUCGCCGCCCUGCUCCAACCCGUUCUCCGUGCCCCGAACCCGUCUCACUUCCUCCGUUUAUGCCCUCGCCUCUGCAUUCCCAUACCUCAAAGCAGACGAUGCUUCGCCGCACGCACGAGACAGGAACCGCGAGUAGGGACGUACACACUACCGUAUCCCGAUGACGAGCCUUCCUCUUCCUCACACAACUCCUCCUCCACAGAAAUCUCCACCAAACCCAAAUCCCCCUUCUACUUCGAAGCCGGAUAUGCCCUCUACGCAAAACGACCCUCUCGACCGUUUCCUCCCCCCUUUCUGUCAUACCCUUCAGGCAGCUUCUCCGAGCCGCUCAGCACACACAACAGGUCGCGCGAUCGACGCGCAACCGUCAACGGGGAGCUGAUUCGCGGCGUGACAAAUGGCGACGACGCGGUGAUAGUAGGGGAGAACUUUAUAGGCGCGAACGAUGGCGUGGGAGCUUGGGCGCAGAAAGAGAAGGGUCAUGCUGCCCUCUGGUCCCGCCUAAUACUCCACUUCUGGUCCCUGGAGGCCGACGCCGCAGAUCUAUCAGGGUCGUCCAAAGACGCGCCCCCACCCGACAACAUCGCUUACCUUCAACGCGCCUUCGAACGCACCAAAGAAGCCACUUCUUCCCCGAACGAAUGGUACGGCACCACCACCGCUUGCGCCGCGCUCCUCACCGCCGAGCGAAACAGUAGCCCUCACCCCGUCCUAUGGGUCACCCAACUGGGAGAUUCCCAGAUCAUGGUGCUGAGGCCAAGGAGCAGAGAAGUUAUAUUCAAGACGACGGAGCAGUGGCAUUGGUUUGAUUGUCCGAGGCAGCUGGGGACGAACAGCCCGGACACACCUCAACGUGACGCGGUGGUGGAUAGGGUGGAGAUUGAGGAAGAUGACGUUGUGCUAGCCAUGACGGACGGCGUAAUUGACAACCUGUGGGAGCACGAGGUCGUCGAGACCGUGGUCAACAGCAUGCACAAGUGGGAGAAUGAGGCGGGGAAGGUGAAUGAGGGCAAAGACCCCGCGGAGCAAACUUAUUCGGAUGGUAUGCGCUUUGUUGCACAGGAACUGCUCAACGCUGCGAGGAAGAUUGCCGAAGACCCAUUUGCUGAAAGCCCGUAUAUGGAGAAAGCAAUUGAUGAAGGUUUGUCUAUUGAAGGAGGCAAGCUCGACGAUAUCAGUGUGGUCGCUGCCCAAUGCAAGAGACGCAAAGGUUGAAGCCAGAAAGUCGACCCGAAAAUCCACCCCCAAUGAGCCAUGAAAUGGCUAGCCCUCCCAAAGACGCCAUGUGAAGAGAACUUCAACAGUCGAGGAAGAGAAGUCCUAAACCAUCCCGUCACACAUGCAA